GAAAGUGAAGAUUGGCUGCCUCUAGAUCAAGUUGCUGUUGCCAACUCUCGCGAGCUUUGUCAGUAACAGUUGAUUGUAAUGUCAGUGCGGUCCAAUUUACAGCCUGGAGCAGCAGCUGCAUACUGCAUUUCCCUGAAGUAUUGCAUGGUUUCCACUCGCUGCAAACUUUAUCAUCAGUGAGUCGGAAACCAAGAUGCAGAGUGAGGGUACAAUCAGAUACAUCCAGUUUCUCUUGCGGUUUCUUCUGCUCUGGGCCCUUGUUGGGAAGUCACAUACUGAAGAAGACACCAUAAUUACCACCAAGAAUGGAAAAGUCAGAGGGAUGAACCUGCCAGUUCUUGGUGGCACAGUAACAGCCUUUCUUGGAAUCCCCUAUGCACAGCCACCUCUUGGCAGACUUCGAUUCAAAAAGCCACAGUCCUUGACCAAAUGGUCUGAUAUUUGGAAUGCCACAAAAUACGCAAAUUCUUGCUGUCAGAAAACAGAUCAAAGUUUCCCAGGCUUCCUUGGAUCCGAGAUGUGGAACCCAAACACUGACCUCAGUGAAGACUGUUUAUAUCUGAAUGUGUGGGUUCCAGCACCUAAACCAAAAAAUGCGACUGUAAUGGUAUGGAUCUAUGGCGGGAGUUUUCAGACUGGAACUUCAUCUUUACAUGUUUACGAUGGCAAGUUUUUGGCGCGGGUUGAAAGAGUUAUCGUGGUUUCAAUGAACUAUAGGGUGGGGGCCCUGGGCUUCUUGGCCUUACCGGGAAAUCCUGAAGCACCAGGGAACAUGGGCUUAUUUGAUCAACAGCUGGCACUUCAGUGGGUCCAAAAAAACAUAGCAGCCUUUGGUGGAAAUCCUAAAAGCGUCACUCUCUUUGGAGAAAGUGCGGGAGCAGCUUCAGUUAGCUUUCAUUUACUUUCUCCUAGAAGCCACCCUCUGUUCAGCAGAGCCAUCCUGCAAAGUGGAUCGUCUAACGCCCCUUGGGCAGUGACAUCUCCUUAUGAAGCUAGGAACAGAACGUUGACCUUAGCUAAGUUUAUUGGUUGCUCUAGAGAAAAUGAGACUGAGAUUAUCAAAUGUCUUCGAAAUAAAGAUCCCCAGGAAAUUCUUCUGAAUGAAGUAUUUGUUGUCCCCUAUGAUAUGCUCUUGUCAGUAAACUUUGGUCCAACUGUCGAUGGUGAUUUUCUCACUGACAUGCCAGGCACACUACUCCAACUUGGACAGUUCAAAAAAACCCAGAUCUUGGUGGGUGUUAAUAAAGACGAAGGGACAGCAUUUUUAGUAUAUGGUGCUCCUGGUUUCAGCAAAGAUAACAACAGUAUUAUAAGUAGAAAAGAAUUUCAAGAAGGGUUAAAAAUAUUUUUCCCAGGAGUGAGUGCAUUUGGAAAGGAAUCAAUCCUUUUCCACUACAUGGACUGGUUAGAUGAUCAGAGAGCUGAAAACUACCGUGAAGCCUUGGAUGAUGUUGUUGGGGAUUAUAACAUUAUAUGCCCUGCCUUGGAGUUCACCAAAAAGUUCUCAGAAAUGGGGAAUGAUGCCUUCUUCUACUAUUUUGAACACCGAUCCUCCAAACUCCCUUGGCCAGAAUGGAUGGGAGUGAUGCAUGGUUAUGAGAUUGAAUUUGUCUUUGGUUUACCUCUGGAAAGAAGAGUUAAUUACACAAAAGCUGAGGAAAUUUUGAGUAGAUCCAUUAUGAAACGUUGGGCAAAUUUUGCAAAAUAUGGAAAUCCAAAUGGGACCCAGAACAAUAGUACUAGAUGGCCUCUCUUCAAAAGCCCUGAACAGAAAUAUUUAACCUUGAAUACAGAGUCACCAAAAGUGUACACUAAACUACGUGCUCAACAAUGCAGAUUCUGGACACUCUUUUUUCCCAAAGUCUUGGAAGUGACAGAAAAUAUUGAUGAAGCAGAACGAGAAUGGAAAGCAGGAUUCUAUCGGUGGAACAAUUACAUGAUGGACUGGAAAAAUCAAUUUAACGAUUACACUAGCAAGAAAGAAAGCUGCGCAGGUCUCUAAUUAAUAGAUUUACCCUUUCUAGAACGUUCAUUCCCCUGUAGAUUAAGGCAAAAAUUUCAGGGACUCUCUUACACUCCUCGUAAGAAAGCUAUUAUGUGGCUGAAACGAAAAUGCCAGAAGGAUAAUAUUGAUUCCUCAGAUCUUUCACUUAGUACUGUACCUAGCAUUUCACAACUCAAGUGGCUAGAACAAGUUUAAUUAAAUUUCACAUUAUAAAGUUCAAGAAUUAAUUAUAUGGAUAUUAAAACAACUUGCAGCUUCAAACUCUCUUUCCCGAAUAACUUUAAAAAUUCUUUUCCCUUAAAAAGUAUAUUCUGUUUUCAGUCUCAAGUUUAUUUUCAUAACCACUCAUAAAAGGCAUCUUUUUAAAAUGGAUAAGGUCUUGAAACAUUAGAGGCUGUAAUUAAUACUAUUUUCUUUAAUUAAUUUAUGCAUUUAAUGUCAAUAUGAUACAUUAACACAAACAGAAAAUACUUGGUCCCUUUGGUUUUUUUACGUAAAGGCAGGAGAGAAUCUUAAAAUAAGAGGCCCGGUCACUUGGAAACACCUUAAGAUAGAAACCAAAUGCCACUACCAAGAGACAAAAUGUAAAAGAAUAUAAAUAGUUAUGUUCUGUAUUUUUUAAAUUACGUAUGCUUAGAGUCCUCAAAUUAUAUUCCUCAUUCUUCAACUCUUUUCUUCCUCACUAGCUCUCUCCAAACAUGUUCAUAUGUAAAUUAUUCUUCUUGUAACUAAAACAUUUUUUUAAAAUGUGGAUGAGCAGAAGUCUACAUUGAACAAUUUCAGAAAUCAUGUACCAUCUGGAAUAAGGGAACCCUUGGCUGGACCUAGAAAUGUUAGGAUUUUACUAGAGAAAUUGUUCAAUUAGAGGGUAAAAAAAAGGUUUUACUUUCUGCGGACAAAUGAUAUUGUUUUAAUAAUUUAAAAAGUUAGAAAGUUGCACUUACUACCUUGCAUGGCAAGGGAACACACCCAGUGAAUAAAUCACUAAGUCAUUCACUAAACAGGAGAAACCAGGGAAUUUCAAGUUCUAGGAAAGGGCAGUAUUUGCUGACUCUGCUAAUGAAGACUAGCAGUUAGGACCAGAUAAAGUGAGCCUACAGGUCUGUAAAAUGUUGGUUAAACCAAAUCUCAUUGUUCAUUGGUCAUAAUGUCUCUAGCUAGAUCCAAUAUGAGUCUGCCAUCCUCACUCAAACUGUCACUCAAAGAUGGUCAUAUGAUGAUCAAAUGGUCAUCUAAUCAAAUAUUAAAAAGCAAUGUAAGAGAUAAAAUGUACUUUAUAAAUAGAAUAUGUCUUUAUUAAAUAUAGACAGAUAAUUUUAAUUCCGAUGUAAACCUCUAACAUACAAUACACUAAUACACUAAAUCAGUUGUGAUAAAACACAAUAGUCAUUUUGAUAUUGCUUCUGCUGUAAUUGGAAAACAUUUUAUUUACAAAUUAAUUGAAGGGACACAUAAUAUUGUCAUAACUGAGUGAGAAAUAUUUUCAGUCAAAAUAUGGGAAAAGUAUUACAGGUUUGCAGGGGACAGAAAAUGUAAAACCUUUAUAUAGCCACACCACAAGUCUAAUACUAUAUCCAAAUGUGAACAACAUCUAAGAUUCACAACUUUUCUGGAAAGCAAAGAAGAAAGAAGGAAGAAGGAACAGAGGAAGGAAGGAAGGGAAAAAGAGAAAUGAAGAAAUUUCCUUAUUCAAUUAUGCCUGUUUCGUGAAUUUGAUUUUCCUUGCUCUGUCUCAUCCCUGGUCUGAAAUCUCACCAUUAGAAUUAUCAGCUCUUGAGAAAUAGAAGGGAUAUAGUGGUUUUAGAAGUGACUGCUAACACAAAUAACCAUACACACGCAGUGCAGAAACUCAUUUAUCUCACCAAAAGAAGGCUGGUUUCUUCUCCAGACAUUGCCCAUUUUCUUAGCCUACUUUAAUUCUUUAUGGGUACCUUGAAGGGUGAAAAAAACCCUGAAUUUCCAAGGCAAUUAACUGUCAAUGCCUUGAUAUUGUGAGAUUCAUCGCUGGAUCCCCUGCUGGGAACUGCUUGCACGUUGCCAUCACAGGGUGUAGGUGCUUGUUGAUUGAGUGAAUGAAAGGAAGGAUGAGAGAAGCAGAGUUCAGGUCCACUAUGUAGCUGGAAAAUUGCAUUCUGAAUCUUUAGGGAGCCAGGAAGAAGUGUGGAAAAAAAAAAGUGUAAGCAUGGAAGAAAAAGAGUAGAGGUGAGGAGGAGGAGGAGAGCCACCACUGCUGCCAACUGUGGAGUUGGAAUUGAGUUUAUCCACAUGGGCUAUCCUAGGUACUUGAGAGUUUCAGGGCAGAAACGGUGAUGAGAUAGGGAACUGCAGAUAUAUAUGUAGCAGAAAAUUUCACAUUGAUGUAUGGGUAUUUAGCUCCAUGAUUCUCAACUUUCAACCUUGACUACACAUUAGAAUCUCUUGAGUAGAACCUGGACAUCAGGAAUUUUAAGUUUCCCUAGUGAUUCUGAUUUCCACAAGUUGGGAUUCACAGGUCCAUUUUUCUAUGAUAGCACUGUUUGUCUUCACAGGUUUAAGGACAAUACUAUCCCUAGAGAAGAAACUGUAGAUCAAUAGUUCCCAAACAUGAUUAAGUAUUAGAAUUACCUGGGAAGUUAUUAAAAAUUCCAGCAUCCGUGCCACACCCCAUACCAACUAAAUUACAGUGGGAGUGUGUGAGCCAGGAAUGGGUAUUUCUUAAUGAUCUCUGAUUAUACCAAUGUACAGCAAAGUUUGGAGACUAAUGACCCAUUCUAGAUGGUUAAAGAACUGGGAGGAUAUUCAUUGUUUUAAUACUUACAAUCAGGUAACUAUAAAAUUUGCAAUUUUAUGUGAGAAAAAAAUGUACUUGUUACUGAUAUCUGAGGACCUCAUUAUUUUUCUCUGAACAAGGAACUGUAAACAGAGAUUUCUGAAUGUAUAGAAUAAAUUUGGCAUGCAUACUUUUUCCAAAAGACCUCCAUACUAGAAGGUCAACUUUUCACGAUAUUAUUUUUACCAUAAGUACACGCUUUGGGAGAAAAUGUUUGAAAAAUAAGAAAGAGUACAUGAAAUAUAUAUAAUGUUUUACAGUAGUUUAUAUAACUUCAGUUAUUACAGAAGAUCAUUGUUUGCUUUGAGUUAACCCAGAAUUUGCUCAAUUGACAAUAAUUGAUAAUAGUAAUACAGAUUCAAGAUAAGGAAUCAGAAUUUUAAUUUGCAUUUUCCAUUGCACUUUUUAUGUAAAAAUUGACUGUCUUGUGAGCUCUCAAAAAUAUGCACAAGUAAUCAUUCUUGCCAGGCUCAUAAAGAGAUGUUGUUAGGAUUAAUUACUUAAUGAUGAUUAAACGAGGUAGGUUAGUACUCAGAGUUGUUUUUCUCCUUAGAAGAAUUAGCAGAAGUCUUUUGCUUGAGGCAAUUACUGAAUUACCUUGUUUUUCUGAAGUGAGAACUUCCAUUCUGUUUUAAUUGUUUCUGACUCCCUUCAAUGGUUCAGGAAAAAAAAGGGAGGGAAAAAAAAAAAAAAAAAGAACAACUUACCAAAGAAGUCUGUGGAGAAUAAACUAUAAAAACAUAUUUAACAACGUUAAGCAUUCUAAAAUCCUUGAAAUGAAUAUUCCAAGUGAAUGAUCUAUCUAUCUACCUAUCUAUAUAUCUAUCACUCAUCUAUUUAUCAUCUACCUACGAUAGCCACUCCCAGUUUUAGUCAAAGGGAGGGAUAAAAAUCAGUAAUGUUACUAGUAUAGCUAAUACAAUGUGGACUAUAAACUCAAAGUCAUUGCUUUGACCAAGUUAGCCUUAAUGUUACUCUCAGCUUGACUAAAGUUUAGACAAAUUUCUUCCUGGCUGCAGGCCUCUAACCUCUUGUUUCCUAGAGAAUUUAUUUCAAAAAUCUUGCAACUGUAAAUUACUUCUCUGCCCCCUUUGAAAUGUAAAUAAAUCUUCAGUCUCUUGCCAGUUUUACUACCCAGAAAAUGUCUUUCUCACAGACCUGGGAACCAUCAUUUUAAAACUAAACAUUAAAAGAGAUGGUGCUUCUGUCUUUCAGUCUCUAUGGGAAGGGAGGAGCUGAACUUCUUUGGGAACCAAUUACCAGAUGGCCUAAUCCCAGAAGGAAACACUGCAAACUCAAGAAUAACUCUAUGUGCUGAAUACAUCCCAUUGGUCAGCCCUCCCUGAACAUCCUCCAGUACUUUUCCACUAGCUCACCUCAGCACUUAACAACCCUCACAUCUUCUGUUUCAGGGAGUUGGGUUCAGUCUCUCCCCUACUGCAGUAGCCUUGAACAAAGUCUUUCUUGACAGUUGAACACUGUCCAGUGCAGUUUUCACUUUAACAGCCUAAACCAAAAUCCAACACUUAAAAUGUCUAGGGCAUACUCACAUUUCUACCAACUUUCUACUACUAUAUCAGGAAAAUACAAAUAUUUUCUUGCAGCAAACAUCCUUCAAAAGAGUGUUUCUCUUACCUAGUGAAGAGGGCAGCAGAACUAGAAUUUAUGAAGCGCUGACUACCUAUUUUUUAGUAAUUUUUUUCUAAUAUUUUUUAGACCUUAGAUGAUAAUUUGAAUUUUGGUGUUAACUUCAAGUUUUUGACAUUUUUCAUUUUUAACAUUUCUUAAUGUUCUAUUGUACUUUUUCUUCCCUUCUACAUUAAAUUUAAUUUUCCAUGGGCAUAAUGUUUUCCUGAUAGAAGAGCUGUGAACAAAUGGAUUCUCUCAUUCUCAUGUAGGAUUUUUUUUCUUUUUUCUCUCUUUUCUCCUUUCCUCUUUCCUUUUCUUUUUCACUCAUGCAAAGGAAUAACUAGAGAUUCAUGUGCUGUGGUCUAGGAGUUACUGGUGAUAUAAAGCAUUUGAUACAAAUUUUCAUUAUACUCUUAGGCCUAUGGGAACAAAAAAUAACAUUUUCCCAGGGGGAUAAAAAGUGUAUUAUGAAGCUAAUAAGUUAAACUUUAGGAAUCCUCCUUGCAAGGACCCCCUUGAAUGCACAGUACGCAACUGUAUUUUAUUUUUCUUAAAGAUGAUUUCCAGAAAGAGAGGAGUUUCAGGAGGCACAAAAUUUGGUUUAGCUGUUGUUUUUCACCACAUCAAUGGAAAUGAGUCUCUUUGUCUAUCGCUGCAGGCACAAAAUAACAUUUUUAAUCCAAGAGGAUUCUUCCUCUCCCACUGCCUGUAAAGACAUUCCCCUGGUUUUCUUUAGUUGGAAUGUGCUAUCAUUGUUUUACAACAUUGUAAUAUGCUAAUUUUGAAGUUACUAUCUUUGUGCAAGGUAAUAAGUGAGUGAAAAACUCAAAUGCUAACAUCUGCUGUGGCAUUUCAAUUUUAAACCAAAUGUGUGUAUAAUAUUCUCUUUGGUAAGUGAAUUAACAUUUUCACAUAACCAUGAAAGAUAAAAUUUUAAUAAUCUCCCUUGGAGUUGGCUCUUUGAAGUCAUGUGCAAAAUAUGAAGUGAGAAGGCUAACAGAAUGCUAUUCCUUCUUUCUUCUAAGGUUUCUGAAGUUUUCAAAGACAGAGAGUGAGCAACGUUCUUACGCUCAGUUCACCUGGAGUUACAGCCAGUUAGAGAGGCAGCAAUUUACUUAGACUAGAUGGAAGGCUACAAAGGAGUGCCUUAAAUUCUGGAGCACCUAAAGUUCUUGGUCAUUUGUUGGCACUGCUGUCUGGAAUUCUAACUUUUCACAUGCAUUUUUCAAUGCCUGAAAAACAUUCCAAUUUUUCCUAAGAUGUCUUUCAAUCAUCUUUUCAACUUCCUUUUGACUGUCACUAUCCCUUGUAAGAACAAUAAUUUGAACUAUUAUAUGCUCAUGCCUUAAUGAAAAGUGUUUGAUUUAUCACAUUAUAUCAUCACUCGAAGGCAUGUCAAUUUCAGUAAAGUGAGUCUGGCUUGGAUCUCAUCUAAAGAAAUUCAGUAGUGGAAUGUUUUGGGACAUUGUUUCAAUUAAGUUCAGGCAGAAGGAACAUAUGAGAAGCCCUGGGGAAAUCUCACUUACUGUGUUUAGAAACAAGUAGGAGGCCUAAGCUGCUGGAGGAGAUUGGGGAGUGGUAGGGGAUGAGGUCAGGAAGUGAGGAGAGGGGCAGAUCGGAAGCCAUUACAGGGCUUUGAAAGAUGAGUUACAUAAUCAUACUCACAUUUUAUUUCAAAAGCAGCACCCUGGUCCUUUGGAGGCUAGACUAUAAGAAGGCAAGAGUGGGCAUAGAGGAAGUUGUUUACUCCUGGCAAGAGAGAAGAAUGCCUUGAGAUAGAUAUUAGCUGUAGAGAAGUAAGAGGUAUCAUGUUUAUUACAUUUCUAAGCAAUAGCCAACAGGAUUUUCCAAAAAACAAACCUUGAAUACAAGAUUUUCUGUCUAAAUAGCUGGCUGAAUGGAUUUAUCAUAUCUUGAGACAAGGGAAGUUGUAGGUUCAGCAGGUCUAAAUAGAAAUAAGGCUUUGGUUCAGUGCAUGUUAGCUUUCAGAUGCACAUUAGGUAUCUAAGGAAGAAACAAGGAGAACACUGUUAAGUGAAAGUAGAGUUGAGGGGAGAGGUCUAGAUCAGUGUUGGGGAUUAGGUUGUCUCCAGCAUGAAGAUGGUACAUGAAGCUACAGGACUGAAGAUUACCUAGAGACUGAGUGUGAAUCUGGACUGAGUAGAGCCAGCAGUCUAGCACUGAGACUUAAAUUAGAUGUUUAAGUCUCUGUGAAACUAUAGUGCUUUUUGCCAGAUCUUUGUAAAACAACCUCCCUUAUUCUCAAGUUUCUAAUCGUGACUCAUCUCCCAUCCAUCUAUAAUUCAACAGAAUUUUUUCUUCAGGAGAAGUAAACUAAGCCUUUUUAUAGCUGAGAAAAUCUUUUGAUUGUCUUCACAAAUAAGUGACAAUUUGAUUGAAUCUAUAAUAUCACCAUAUCAAUAUGUUUUCCUCAACUCCAUAGUAUUCUCUACAGACUGAAAGUCUAAGAGUAACAAGAUUUUUGUUUCCAUGCAUACAAUCUAUCUGGAUGCUUGCAAGAUUUACACGUACAUGCAUACAUACAUAUAACUCACAGAUUAAAUAGUGCUACCCCCAAAGACAUCCGCUUCCUAAUCUCUGGAACUUGUAAAUGUUGUCUUAUAAUGCAUGAAAUAAUGUUGCAGAAGUGAUUAAGUUGAAGAUCUUCAGAGAGGCAGAUAUUACUGGAUUAUCCACAAGAGCAACAGAUGCAAUCACAAGAAUCCUUGUAAGAGAGAGGCAGAGGGAGAUUUGACAAGGAAGAGAAGGCAAUGUGACUGGAGACAGUUUGGAGAGAUGUGGCCACAAGCCAAGGAAUGCCAGCAGCCACCUGAAGUAGAAGAGACAAAGAAUAAAUUCUUCCCUGGAGUCUAUGGAGGGAAGAUGGCCCUGCUGACACCUUGGUUUUGAUGCAUUGAAAUGGAUUUCAAAUUUCUAACGUCCAGAAUUGUGAAUGAAUCAAUUUUCAUUGUUUAAGCCAUCAAGUUUGUGUUAAUGUAUUAUAGCAGCCAUAAGAAACUACUACAUCUCUGUACAUAUAUAUAUAUUAUUUUACCAAGUUAUAUCUAAAUAUUAUUUAUCUAACAUAAUUUUUCCUAGGUUUUCAGAGGUAUUUUCAAUCUUCCAGUUAGUAUAUAUCAUCAUUUGGUGAAAGUGCUCACGUGUAUAUAUUUUUGUUAUUUGUGCUCUGUCUACUUUUUUCUCACCUCCUGUAGUCCUAUUACACAUGAGUCAGAUUACCUGAAUCUGUCCCACUGUAGCCUCACUUUAAUUUUUUUUUAUUCCUUUCCUCAGAAAUACUCUAAUUUGAGAAAAUUUCCUUCUAGUGUUUGCUUCUCCUCCCAGAUUUGUUUUCUAUAUCUAAUUUUAUUACCACCAUUAUUUUCACUAAGUUUUAUAUUUUUUUGCAUCUCAUAUAGUUUUACUUACUUUGACUUAUUUUCUCUUCAUAAUUCAUUGUUACAACUUCAUAAGUAAAAAAAUUCAUUUAAUCUUUUAAAAAUAAAUUUAUACAUAUUCAUAAAUAUUCUAAAAUUUUCUCUUAUUUCUGUACUAGCAGAGUUUUAAAAAGCAAGUUAUCUUUAGAUAUAGACAUUCCUUUCAGAUGAGUCAUUUUCCUGUAAAUCUAACACAGUAUUAUGUAAUAUAAAUGUUGAAAUAAAUUUUGGCAGUUAUAAAUAA